AUGGCAAUAGUCACAGAGAAGUCAACGGGCAACGACGCUAUCGAGGCGCUACGUGAGCCUGAUACACUGGAUGACCUGGACUUCAAAAUCUCCAUCGAGGAGAUAGCGAGGGAACUCGAGGCUACUGUUGAAGAAGUUCUGGAGGCUCAGCAAUCCGCACGAGAUCUCAAUCUCGAGGAUUCCAGGCAGCUUGCCAAGCAGCUGGUUUACACCCACGGAACCGACCCCAACUUUCCAUCAGCUGCCCUGGAGCACCUGAAGGAGUUCCUCGACAACGGCGAGCACUUCGAAAUUCCAGACGAGCAUGCCCGUGUUAUUCACGAGGCCAAGAUCAAGAUCGCCCUACUAACGAGCAAUAGCCCUUAUGCUGAGGUGCGAGCCGUUGUCGAUGCGCACGAUGACCCUUCAAUGCCCGUGAGCACCAUCCGAGCCUGGCUCAUUGGAAUGGGGUUCGUCAUCCUGGUCGCCUUUGUCAACCAGCUUUUCAUGGUCCGGCAGCCCAGCAUCUUCUUGGGCACGACAGUUGUCCAAUUGCUGGCCUUUCCGGUGGGCAAGGCCGCCGAGAAAUUUCUGCCGGAUGUUGGCUUCACCCUUUUUGGUGUCCGUCACAGCCUCAACCCAGGCAGAUUUAACCAGAAAGAGCAUAUGCUCAUAUCAAUUAUGGCCAACGUUGGAUCGACGUUGCCAAGCUCACGAUAUAUUAUCUUCACGCAGUGGAUGGACAAGUAUUUCGGGCAAAAGUACGCGAAAUCCUUCGUAUAUCAGAUUCUGCUGGCUCUGUCCACCAACCUUAUGGGAUACGGGUUUGCGGGGCUUUCGAGGAGGUUCCUGGUCUACCCUUCAUUUUGUCUGUACCCACGAUCACUCGUUACCAUUGCGCUGAAUAAGGCGCUUCACAACGAGGUGAAUCAUCCAGUCAUAGGCCCCUUGAAGAAAGUGUUCAGCAUCUCACAGUACCGCUUCUUCUCGGCAGCCUUUAUUAGCAUGUUCGUGUACUUCUGGUUUCCAGACUAUAUCUUCACGGCUAUCAGUUUGUUUAACUGGAUCGCGUGGAUUGCACCCCAGAACUUUACCCUGGCUACCAUAACAGGCAUGAACAAAGGGCUGGGGUUCAACCCCCUGCCGACAUUUGACUGGAACAUUGUCACGCAUUACGUGGAUCCCCUUGUCAUUCCCUUCAGCGUCACUGUCAACAUCUUGUUUGGCACCUUUCUUGGCGGCCUGGUCAUCAUCGGAAUCUACUACACUAACGCGUACAACACUGGGUACCUACCCAUCAACUCAAACAGCAUGUUCAACCACUACGGAAAGACCUACAACGUCUCGGUGAUUUUGGACGACCGAAGCUGGCUGGACGAAGCGAGUUAUCAGGAAUACUCUCCAGUGUUUGUGUCUGCUGCGUGGAUUUGCAGCUACUGGUUCUUCUUCUCGGUCUACGCCGCCACAAUCUCUUAUGCGUACCUUCACCACCGGCACGAUAUCGCUCUCGGCUUCCGCAGCUUGAUGAAGAGUUUCAAAAAGGGGUUCCGCGCCAACGACGAUUUCACUGAUGUCCACAGCAGACUGAUGCGUGCCUAUUCCGAAGUUCCUGAAUGGUGGUAUGCCAUUCUCAACCUCGUUGCUAUCGCUUUGGGGUGUGCUGCCAUUGCAGUCUGGCCUACUUACACAAGCGUCGGCGUUGUCUUCUUUGGUCUUGCCCUAGCACUGGUUUUCAUUAUUCCCACUGGAAUCAUCAAAGCGACGACUGGAAUGGAGGUCGAGUUCAACGUCCUCGCGGAGUUCAUCGGUGGUGGCUGGCAGCCCGGAAACGCGCUGGCUAUGAACUUCUUCAAAUGUUUCGGAUACGUGACCACGGCACAUGCUCUCGACUUUGCCAACGAUCUCAAGCUAGCUCAUUAUCUCAAGAUACCACAGCGCCAUACCUUUACGGCGCAGGUCGUGUCUACCAUCGUGUCUGCCCUUGUAUGCACAGGUGUUAUGAACUUUCAGAUCAUGAAUAUUCCUGAUCUUUGUGAAGCCAAUCAGGCAAACAGAUUCACCUGCCCCGGCGUCAAUACCUACUUCACGGCGGCCGUUCUCUUUGGCAGCCUCGGCGCCCGCAAGGUCUUCGGCACCGGAGCACAAUACACAGCCAUGCUGUCCGCCUUCCCCGUUGGCUUCGCGCUGCCCAUUGUCCUCUACUUCGUGACCAAGCGGUUGCCCAAGUCGCACUGGAUCAGCAAGAUCCACCCCGUCAUGGUCUUGAGCGGCGGCGUCCACUGGGCACCGUACAAUAUCGCCUACAUCUGGCCGGCCCUGCUGCCAGCAUGGUUCAGCAUGGUUUUCAUUCGCCGCCGCUACCUCGCUUUCUGGUCAAAGUACAAUUACAUCCUUUCGGCCGGCUUCUCAUCCGCUAUUGCCAUCGCCGGCGUUAUCAUAUUCUUCGCCGUCCACUAUCACGGGUACACGAUUGACUGGUGGGGCAAUGACCCCGAGAAGGGCUGUGAGGCGUCCUCUUGUGCCAGGCUCAAGGUGGCGAAAGGUGAUUACUUUGGCCCGAGGAAGGGGACGUACCCAGGCUUUCAGCUUCUUAUCGUCGUCUCUUCAACGUCAUCUCAUAAGAUCUACAACGAGUUCUUCGGUUGCCUGAUCGCCAUCUCAGAUGGGUCUCCUCGACACAACACGGGUGCCAGCCACGCAUGGCGGUGCAUCGUGUCUGCCAAUGUCCCAGCCCUGUUUGCUGACCCCCCAAAGAAAGCUGAAGUACCAGUUGGCGUUGAAUACUGGAUCAUGUCGACGACCAUCGUGGCACUAGAGGAGUCAGCCUCGAAAGGAUGUGCCGUUUGCGCGACCCUCUACACUGGUCUCAUGACACGCCCCUCGUGCCAAAAACACAAGAAGGUAGUGCAAGUAACAAUUGCUCACGGUGGCCAUGUUGUUACGAGACCGUCCGAUGUUUCCGAGUGGGAAGAACUGAUCUUUUAUUCUGUCAAAGGGUCUGCGACUGUCGCCGAAAGGAAGAAGGGCAUCUCGUUCUCGCAGCUUCCGAGAACGUUCCAAGAGGCGACCCUGAUUGUCCGUCGGCUGGGAGUGAGAUACCUGUGGAUCGACUCCCUUUGUAUUAUCCAAGACGACGAGGCUGAUUGGCAACGGGAAUCUGCUCAAAUGGCCUAUAUCUAUUCAAAUGCCGCACUUACUCUUGCUGCCAAUGCAUCUCAUGACUCCAGGGGUGGCUGCUUCAGACCCACUCCGAGCCUCUCCGGGUCUAAGUCUUGGGAGGUCGCAGUGGAAUACAAAACAUUAGACGAUGGCCAGGCUCACUCUCUGACCCGGGGCAAAUUAGAUGACCCCAGCCAGAAAUCAAAAGACGUAGGCUGGCUCGACGAGAAUCAAAUUAAGGAUUAUUGGGAAGAUUGGCAAUCAGGAGGACAGGCAUGCUCGAUUUUCAGUGGUGCGGGACAGGCCUCAAUCAUGCGAUAUUUACCAGGCAACAACCCGCCAGGUUCACUCGUCCGCAAUAAUCCUGAGAAAGUCGAAACCGUCAAUACCAGCGACAGUAGCAGAGACAGAAGCUCAGACAACAAAGAGCAGUCAGAUCAGUUACAGAGACGCCCAUGUUCUCUCGGGAAGCUUGGAACAUUGAAACGCUCGACUGGUGUGUACGUGCGGGAAGUCUUCAAUCACGAUGAGUUCAACUCCGACGAUUUUAGCGACGAAAUCAAGUGCCCUCUCAGCAAGCGGGCGUGGGCCCUUCAGGAGAGGCUCCUUUCGACGCGCAUUUUACAUUUCACAGCUUCGGAGCUUGUCUGGGAAUGCAAAUCUGCGACAUAUUGCCAGUGCGGAUUGGUGGAAAGCGAACCACGGGGAUUCGGGUUGGAUUUCCGGCCUAAGAAGUCAAUGAAGCUCGGUUUCGACCGUGCUCUCCGAGAAGCGAGCGAGGGCAAGCCGGCGCAAAUCGAUAGCUUGUGGCAGGCGCUUGUCAGCAAUUACACGUAUAGGUCCUUGAGCCACGCGAAAGAUCGUCUGGCAGCGGCAUCGGGCCUCGCGAAGCGACUGAAGCAAGCCAACAGGGGAGAAUACUUUGCAGGAAUGUGGAGGAAAUAUCUCCGAGAGCAUAUGACCUGGCAGAUGGUGCCGAUGGAGCUACACAACCGACACGAGACAUACAUUGCACCGACAUGGUCUUGGGCAUCGGUCUUGAGUCCCGUAUACUUCCUUCAGCAUUUUGUAGACGACACAGAACUAGGACUGGCUGCGCCGGAGCCCAUUUUUGUUGUUGAGGUUAUCGACGUUCAAUAUUCAGUCGCUGGGCUUGAUCCCACGGGCUCACUCUCUGACGCAGUGCUCACUAUUCGCGCGCCUGUCCUACCAGCAGAGCUGCUGAGUAGCGUGUGCAUGGAGUAUAGGCCGGAUGGCCCAGACGUCGAAGAGUUCCGCUUCGACGUCAGGCAUCCACAAACUGGGAAAACAGUCGAUAUGAGACCAGAUUCAGAAUCGGAUGUGAAUACCUCAACCGGGAAACAAGAUGUACUGUGCGUCCAAUGGACAAAGCAAAUGGACGCAGAACCAAUACUUGCAGAGUGCAGAAAACUUGGGGUUGAAGGACCAUGGUUUGGGUUACUGUCGUUUUUCCUGGUUGUCCGUAAAUCCACCAAGAGACUUCAUAAGUAUGAAAGGAUCGGUCUGGGGAUAUUCGUGCGGUCAUAUGAUGACCAGAUGGAUGCUCUGAGCAAGUCUCCUCAGGAGCAAAGCGAAAUCGACAAGUGGUUUCAAGGAGCAAGCUUCCAGACACUGGACUUGAUAUAG